GAAUCUCCUAACGUUGCUUCACGCCAUUUGUUCCCUCAGGAUCCUAGAGCCCAUGUACACCAUUGGUUUGGAAUCAGGGUUUUCCAACUUUCCUAGGUGGAUCCUCUAUAUCCACUGACCCGGUUAAAGCGUCGAACAUUCGCUUUUCGUCCUCUCAAUUUCGUAAGCAACACCCCUGCCACGAGAAGGCAGCGAGUAGUUGUAAGUACGUGGCCAUGUGAGAACAUUUCAAGGGGGAGAGCUGACUCUUCCCACUCUCGGCCGUGUCAGUGCGUUUGGGGACCUUGAAUAACUCUCAAGUUAGCUAAGUAGUUGUUUUCAAUUUUGGUUGCCUCAGGUGAGGAUAUAAAAGACACACAACAAGAAAUGCUCCUGACUUUGUUGAACUCAAAUCUAGAUUGUAUUGUAUCGCCUAAUUUAGUUCAUAAACUAGCCUACCCAUCAAACACUUGAGGAAGCUACUAUAUAAGACAACAAUGAAAUUGACCAAGUCACAAAUACUAGACGUUUCCUAAGUUAGUGUGUAAAACACUUAAACCAAGGGAGAGCAUUGAUCGUUUAUAUUAAUCAUGAAAAAACUUGAUUUGACAAGCGAACUUAUGCUUUACGACGAACAACAGUCACACAGAUUUUGUAUUAUGAGUUGUGUGUUAUAAAUUUGGGUAUUUGUUAGCAAACUGCUGUUGUAUGCUAUACGUUAAGAUAUUUCAUAGUUAAAAACCUAUCUUUAGGACUUCUACUUUUAAGACAACAGUUCCACUUGCUGUUAGAUAAUCUUCAUUACUGAUCAUUAUCAAUUGGUUUAAAUAUUUUAUUAUUUUUUCUAAACCAAUUGGCUGUAUUUUAGAUGCCACCCCCUAACCAACUCCCAAGUCCUGGACAACCUUUCCCACUGUCCACUGAACGCGAAUUGUCUUCCAUUCCAAAAGCAGAUCGAUCUGAUGGUGAAAAAUGGAUAUAUCCCUCACCUCAAAUGUUUUGGAACGCUAUGCUUCGUAAAGGUUGGCGUUGGCGGGAUGAUGAUAUCAAACCUGAAGAUAUGAACAACAUCAUACGAAUACAUAAUAUAAAUAAUGAAUUAGCUUGGCGUGAGGUUUUAAAAUGGGAAGCUCUACAUGCUAAGACAAGCUGAAAUGUCACGAGAACCUUAUUUAGUUUGUCUUCGCAUAGUUUCAACAUUUUUUUCGUGACUGACAAGACUGCUUUUUUCCGUAUUGCUUUCAUUACGUAGUGUUCAACCUUUACUAAUUGUGUAUUGUAGAAAGUUUUGUUAUGAGACAUAAUUAAUGUAAACAAUAUACUAUGAUUUGUUAUUUUUCUUUUAUCUUAAUAUCGUCAAUUAUGUAUUUGUAGGUAAACUUCGAGACUAAAUGUUCAACCCACUAAUUUAAUCUUUCUUGUUCACAUAUGAACAUAUCUUAAAAUUAAUUGGUUAUUUGUAAGAGUUUAAAUCUUCGCUUUGUUGAUAUUAGGGAUAACAUUUAAUCAGUCUAUGUUUGCAUGUGUCAUUUAGUCAAGUGGAAUUGUAGGUAGCAAUGGAAAACAGGAUACACAUUUCGUCCUACUUGAGACUCGGCGUUUGAAGCAAUAGGUACUAGCUUUAAAUAUGUGUGAACACAAAAACUCGGAUGUAGGACAAAACUCACUCCUCGGUUUUCAUUGCUAGCCAAAACCCAGCUUUUUUAAUAUUUUAUAUUCUCUUUGGUUUACUUUUUUCCAGUGAAUGUAUGACACCGAAAUUGCGUCGUUUUGCUGGAGAUGCAAAAAACUAUUCUCCAAGAGCACGUAUUCGUCGGGCCAUGGGUUAUGAGUUGCCUUUCGAUCGUCAUGAUUGGGUGAUCGAUCGAUGCGGUAAAGAAGUACGUUAUGUAAUUGAUUAUUAUGAUGGAGGUUCUGUGAAUGAAGCAUAUCAGUUCGCUAUUCUGGAUGUACGACCUGCAUUAGAUUCAUUCGGCGCAUUUUGGGAUCGUGUUCUAGUUGCAUGGAUGCGUUUCAAGACUCCUGAUCCGCCGAAAAAACUCCAUUUAAAUGAUCCAACAUUUCCGAAAAAGAAUGAAGUGUCUUGAGUAUUGCCUGCAGAAAUAUCUAGUUUAGUUAUCAUUCGAACUCGAAAGUACCUUUCCUGUGAGUUCACACAAGAUAGCUGUGAAUACAAAAUUCACUUGUACAUUACUUAAUGAAAUACAAAGUUCUGAUAAUCACAUUCUUUGUCGAUUUUUCUGAAAUCCUUUAGGCACACAUUUCCUCGAACCUAAAAAAUGUGUUUAAUUGAACUACACAUUCGGAAAGAUUAUAUGAAUUUAAGAGUAAUAAAUUCUGGGUUGUUAUAGUCAAAGAGCUCACAUCUCUAGUGGUAGAUCUCAAUUCCUGUGCACUGGUUUGUUAUGAAACACUUCGUACAUAAAGGAAGCAGUCAUAAAUAUUAACUAUCAAUCUUGAGAGUCAUUUGGUUGUGAGCGCAUAGUAACUUAAGUACCUGUCAUAUACUGACAUUCUGAAACAAAGUUCUGGUCUAAUUACAUACUUCAAUUGAUGAAGCUUCACUGCACUACCUUGAUAAUUCACUGCCGCGAUAGUUACCACAAUUGACUAUAAACCGUUGAGUCAGUUUCAAACCUCAUUUCACCUAUUUCCGUUUGGGUAACCAACUAGUAUUAUUAUUAAUGGCUUUAUUCAAUAUUAUAUUUUGGUACAAUAUAGAAUUCUCAGAACAAAGUAUUUCAACAUGUUUCUUCUACAAAAAAGACAGCAACAAAAGAAGAAAGGUAAAAGGUGAAAAAAAAUCUGAAACUGUACAACUUUCCAAAUUAGAGACAUGUUUGAGAAUACAGGUUAUUGACUAAGUUAACUCUAACAACCUGUUCGUCACAGAGUAUAUUUGCUAGGUAAGGUAUUAUAGAAAUUUUAUACUUUUGCUUGAGUGCAUGGAUUUCAAUGUAACUACGUCUCGUUCUACCAGAAGAUAUACAAGGAGAAAGAUAUGAAUGAAGAGGAUGGUUAAUAUCUGAUAAGAUAACACCUGCCAGGAGUUUGCAUGACUUUAGAUUUCUAUCCAUAACCAUAUUAAUUAUGACCUCGGAAGAUUCACCACACACCUUGAUAACUGCUUUCAGCACUCUCCGCAAUACAGCAAAGUCUUUUCUCAAAAGCCCGGGAAAGAAUAAUGGAGAACAGUAAAUAAUAAUAGGUAAUAUGCAAGAAUUGACAAAUUGUAAGAGUAAAUGACGAGUAAUCCCAAAAGCAUGUAGUCUCUUCAUGUAGUAAGUCAGACGGAAAACUUUCUUCGAUAACAGUAAAACAUGAGAAGACCGAGAGAGAUCAGAGGAAAAAGUAACACGAAGAUAAUUGACCUUCGACACUGUGUUUAUCAAAGAGUCUUCAAUGGCACAAGCAUUAUGGGAUCUCAAAAUGGUGUUUAGAUGCCGUUCAUGUCUUAUGCCAAAGGUAACAGCUUGACAUUUAGACAGAUUAAGUUUGAGACCAUUAACAACAGACCAACAAUCAACACGAGACAAAAACUCAUUCAAUUCAAUGGGAUGUAAAGAGGUAGAAAUCGGCAUAUAUACAGUGAGAUCAUCCUCAUAUUUCGCAGAAGUGUUUUCUGUAGAAGAUGGCAGAUCAUGCAGAAAAAUAGAGAAAAGAAGAGGUGAAAGAACGGCUCCUUGUGGUACACUUUCAUGGGACACUAGAAACUUUGAACACUUUCCGCCAAACACAGUGAACUGGUCCCUUCCAGAGAGAUAGGAACAUAGCCAAUUUGUUAUCCAGCUGUCAGUGUUGACGCUGAUUAACCUGUUAAGUAAACGUUGUCUUGGUAUAGAAUCAAAAGCACAAGUAUAGUCCAGAAAAGCGCAUCGAACAUACUUCUUACCCUCUUCAAAACUGAAUACUAUAUUGUGAUGCAGAACAGCAACGGCAUCUAAGGUGCUUCUUCUGCAUCUGUAAGCAAUCUGAUAUGGAUCAAUGUGCUCUUUUAUCGCAGGUUGAAGUGGAAGUAUCAAUAAUUUCUCCAUUGUUUUGAGGAAAAGUGAAUUUAUUGCUAUGGGUUUAGGUUUCACAUUUUUAUCACCAGAUACUUUCUUAGGUAUAGGGAUUAUUUUUGUCUUUCUCCACAUUUUCGGUAUGAGAUUAGUUGAGAAGGAUCUGUUAAAGAUACUCGUGAAUAGAUAACAUAGAACGUCGGCAUGUUUUUUUUAUAAAAGAGGUUUGGGAUACCAUCAGGUCAUAAACAUUGGGAUGAAUUCAGUGACUGGAGACAUCUUCGGACAUCAGUUUCAGUGAAACUAGGAACACAACAAUUCUUCAAACCUGUAGAUAUAGAGAGCAUUACAUCUGAUGACUGACGUACAAAAAACUUAUCUAGGUCACACACAUUCAGCUGGUUAUCGCUUCUAAUGUGCCUGUCACCUGUAAGUUCUUUAAAAAGUUUCCACAUUCUUGGGGAGUUUUUGAGUAAACAUAGAGUUGAAACGUAUAAUCUAUAGCUGUAUUAGACCAUUUAGCUUGCGAGUUUUUCUCCUUGUAUAUUCUUUCUUUUACCCUACGUAGUCGUUUUAGCUGUGAAGAUGUAAGUCCAUCAAAACUUACAAAAAUGGUUUCAGUGGGACAACAAAUAUCAAGGCAGAGUUUAAGGUAACAAGUGACAACAUCAGUAGUGUUUUCCAGUAAGUCAUCUGUAAAUGUGAUUCAGAUUUCAAAUAUUUUCUGAGUAAUUCCUAUAUUUGACUUUCUUGACUUGAUGUAAGAGUGUACUCGUUCCAUGCUUUCCAUAUACUUUAGGUAGAACACGAAUUAUACAUUGAUCCGAGCUAGACAAUGGAGCACGUUUACGAGUCACAUAUAUACCCACAUCAUUAAUGAAAACAAAGUCUAAAUGAGCAUCCAAACGAGUGGGAAAAUCUACCACAUUUUGGUGACCUAGUGACGUAAGGAAGCUACAGUCACAUGGAUUGAAAUCACCACAUACAACUGAAAGUGAAUCAUUGAGGGCAAUAACAGCGAACUCAGAUAGUGCAGAUGAUGUGCAGUCUGGAGUCACAUAAAUGUUGGUAACACAAACAUAUUUGUAUUAAUUCAGGUGUUUUGGACGGCAUCUUAAAGUUAGACAGUCGAUAAAGUCAUUUGAAAACUUGAAACACGCAAAAGUAGAUCGACACCAGUUCACGUUUACAAACGUAGCUUCACCGCCGCCAGACCAUUUUAUUGUUUGGUCGAUACUGACGAUAGAUUUUGAAAUCACGUAGUGGUACUAAGCAAUCGUCCUGUAAAUCGUCUAACCAAGAUUCUUGAGUUGUGAUGACACCACAAUUACGAUACAAAUCAUUUAAAAUUUGAUGUCCUUAUGGAAUAUUUACUGUUGACGUUUGCUUUAAACCUUUUCACUACCAUACUUCUAAACAAUACUCAGUUCGAGUAUAUUCUCAGGAAUGGUCAUUUUGUCUAAGAGUAGGUGGCUCCACAUCUAGUAUUCCGGCAACAUUUUGUGCCGGUCACUUUGUUACAAUGAAGUAUGAACCGUAUAUCAGUCCUCGUAAAUUAUUCGGGUCAAUGGCUAUAAACAUCGUUAUGGUAGCAACAUUACCAUAUUCCUAUCUUUUACAUCUAUGGUAUGACGUAUUAUUACUUAUUUUUGGUCAGAAUCGGCAAUAUAUUUCGGUGUACUUCCUUUAUAUUGUGUGAUCAUUGUACAGUUUAAUCGCUUCCAACCAAAUACAUAAUAGGAUCAGAUAACGGUCGG